UUUUUUACUUGAUUUUUGUAAUUCCUGUUUUAAUUUUGAUUUCAUUUUUUAUUAGUUUACAUUUCCAAAAUUUAAGCUCAUACUGUAGUUAACAACUUUUUGAGUUAAGCUACUGGCUUUCCUUUUUUUUUUUUGCAUUCCUGGUUAAUUUGCUUUUCUUUAUAUGAUUUGUUUUUGUAUUGGUUGUUACUUUUGUAUCUUAGUUGUUAUUGUUGUUAGACCGCACCACAAGAGUUGUGUGUGCCACCGUUCUAAAGGUGAAGUGUCAAUAAAUAAAAAAAUAAAUAAAUAAAAAAAGCGCCCUCAAUUGAAAUUUACUUUGAUGUAAACAAAAACGAGCAAGCAAAAAGAGAAAAAUAUGAUAUACUGUACGGAAGGAUUGAACUAGGCCUAGGCCCCCUCCCUAGGCCUAAAUUAUUUAGUAUUUUAUUAUAUAGGCUCUUUGGAUGAGUACUGUGUAGGCUACUAUCGGUUCUGCUGAUUCAUUCAUUUCCGCUCUAGGCUUUGCAUGCUAGCCUAGGCUGGACCUUGUUUCUGUUACAUCUCUGCACGAAACUGACAUCCGCUCGUGCUCGUGUGUCCUCCUUGGCCUUGCUUGUCCGUUAAUUCAUUUGUCCUUAUUUUAGGGCUAGGCCUAGGCCUACAUUGUUUGAGUGAGGAUGGACAGCAUGUACAAUAAGAAUUGUAGUAAGCCGAAGAUUGGUUCAGGAAAAAAACCAAAAGUGUCUGUCAAUCAAUUUGUUUCCAAAGUUCUUUGUUUUAGUUCUCAAUAUGGACGAGAAAAUUCUAUAGGAUAUUCAAUGACAAACUUGGUUGGGCCACCAAAUUUAUUAAACCGAUAUGAAGACAACACACAAGCAGCAGUUUUGAGAACCUACGGGCCCUGGUGGCUUAUGGCGCCCUCUGUUUCAAAGGUCAUUGACAGUCAAAGGUCAAACUACUUGGGUCAGGACUUUGUUGAUCUGUGGUUUGACACCCCUUUGUAUCCUAGUAAUAUUUUAUUCUAUGAAACCUAUCACCCUGGCGCAGUUGUAGAAAUCUAUGCAUGCAACAUCAAGGAUAUUAGUGAAUGCAACUCUCAGCAAAAUAUCAGGUGGGAAUGUCUGUACAGCUGUUUCAUGCAAGCAACAUAUAAUGAAUUCCGCAAGUUUUCACCAACAUUGAAAACUUGCUCGUUCCCAACAUCGCUGCUACGUAUUGUGUUUCGACACGAGCAUUUGGAUUACUAUACUGAGAUUGAUGCGGUUGAGUUGGUUGGCAUCACUGCAGAUUCACAUGAUGGGACAGAUCUGGAUAAGCUGUACAAAGAAAUACAACACUUAGACAUUUCUAAAACUGCUAAGGAGAACUGUGAUGAAACCUCGACUAGUAUACCAGGAGCUGGAGCUAAUGGAGGCUUUGAUAUCCUACCAGCAGAGGUUAUCCAGUUUAUAUUCCAACAUCUGACUAUCCCUGAUCUUUGCCGAGUGGCACCUGUCUGUCAUCUAUUUAAGAAGCACUGCUAUGAUUCCAUACUUUACUGUCAACUAAAUAUACAACCAUACUGGUUUAAAUUCAAUGAUUCUGACUUGGAAAGAUUCUCAUCACGCUGUAGACAACUCAAGAAACUGAGUCUAGCUUGGUGUGGCAGCUACGGGAUGCUUACCCCUGAAACAUUUGACAGAUUUAUAGAAAGGUGUGGAAGGAAUAUGGAAUGUCUACAGUUAAGCUGCUGCUCUUUCCUCAAUGAUGACAAUGUGCAAACCAUCGCAGAAACAUGUACACAAUUAAAAGAAUUGAAUUUCCAAUCAUGCACCCAACUUAAUGGUCGGAGCUUUGGUUGUUUAUCUUCACUACAUUCUCUACAACGGUUGAAUCUAUACCGCACAAGUCUGACUGAUAAUCAAGCGUGUUUCUUAUUCAAGAAUUUCCCUGACUUGGAACAUCUGAAUUUAGGAUCAGUAUCUGGUAUCCAGCAUUUUGAUGUGGUAAUGGGCUCAUUAGGUCAUUAUUGCAAGAAAUUAAAGAGUUUAGAUCUAUGGAGGGCAAAGACAUUGACGAAAAUUGGUCUAGGCUCCCUGGCCAAGGGAUGCCCCCAAUUACUGGAGCUUGACAUAGGAUGGUGUUUGGACGUUAGUGGAAUUGAUAUAUUAGUGGAAAAAUGCAAGAAUCUAAAGAAAUUGUUUUUAACCUCUAACAGAACCAUUGGUGAUAACGAUCUUGAGGCAAUAGCUGUGAAUUGUGCAGACUUAGAGCAGUUGGAUCUGCUGGGUAUGCGGUACAUUAGUCCUUCAAGUCUUGAGAGGGUGUUGAUUAAGUGCCAAAAGAUGGUUUUUGUUGAUAUAUCAUUUUGUGAACAGAUUACUACAACAGUGGUCAACAACCUAAAGGUGCUUUAUCCAAGAGUCACGUUCAAAAAGAGCUUUAGUCGUACUUUAGAUGAGUAAUUACGAAUUAAACUUGUCUGACAGGCAUACGCGUCGGCAGGAGUAGGGGGUGAAGCUCUGGGUCUCCAUGUGGCUAAGCAUCUGGAGAAAAUAUGGAGUUUCGAGCCAUAUUAAGCUGUUAUGAGACAUUUUAGAAGGUAUUAUGCUAAAGGAAUUUUAAGAAAAAAGUGUCUUGGCUGCCACAUGAGAGGGCUUAGCCUUCCAAUGGGAGGCUUAAACCCCUACUGCUCAGUAUUGGCACCACCACUUGGUAUGUGUAUUUCUAUUAUUGUUGUCAUUAUUAUGUUUAGUUCAGGUAACCGUAUAACUGAGUUUACUAUUAUUAUUGUUGUCAUUAUUAUGUUUAGUUCAGGUAACCGUAUAACUGAGUUUAGAGGUGUGAAGUCAUGAAUUGGAGAUGAGAUCUCUGUGAUUUGGUGUUAUGGAGGUGGAUGGUGGUUUGUUGGUGGAGGUUGAAAAGCUGAGAGUUAUCAUGUGGGUGAGCAUAUGUAUGUAUGUGUGUUUGUGUGUUUUUGGCCUGUGUGUACAGUAUGUGUAUACAGUACUGUAUGUAGACUACAGGUACAUAAUAAUGUAUUUGAAAUGCAAUAUAGCACAAAUAUAUUUUUCACUAAUUAACAAUUUUUCAAAAAUAUAAUCAUUAUGGUUCAAUUUGAUAGCUUGUGCAAUAGUUGACCUACGAGCUGUGUAGAAUACUAGAUAUUCGAAUUUGUGUAUUAUUACGUUGAAAAGGUCAGUCAUAUAAUACGGAAUACAAAACACAAAUAACUUUAUUAAUCUUUAAUAAAAUACAAAAGAAAAACAU